UUCUACCUAUACCGACCAAAGCGGGAAUCCGACAACGACAUCGCAUCCUCAACUCGUCCACCCUCCCUCGUUCAAUUUCAGCAAAUCCAGCUUUCCCGGAUUUCCUACCUGUCAAAAUGGAUGCUUCCAAGACUCCCACUAAGCUGGUGAAGGUGACCCGUGUCCUUGGCCGUACCGGUUCUCGCGGUGGUGUCACCCAGGUGCGCGUCGAGUUCAUGGAUGACCAGACCCGUUCUAUCAUCCGUAACGUCAAGGGACCCGUCCGUGUUGAUGACAUCCUCUGCCUGCUCGAAUCCGAACGUGAGGCUCGCCGUCUCCGGUAAACGCGAUGAACGUGGAAACGACGUGGGAGGCAA